GUUGCCUCCGGCUGCAAAAUACAAAACUACGCGAUCGCCCUCUUACCUCCAUUGCAUGCCGCUACAACAAUUCAACGCAUCUUCUUCUUCUCUCUCUCUCGCUCUUUUCUUAUAAAUUGAAUAAGAAAACCACAAAGCUUUCCCAUACCCUCUCACACAACACACACGUUUUGUGACUGCUGCAGCCUAAAGACGCACAAAGUAUAUUUACUGCAAGCCUGUUACUGGCAGCUCUCGGGACUUGUUCCCAAAUCUCAUCUCACUAUCAUAUAUACUUGAUCUGUUGAUAUUGGAGCACCGUCCACAACACAUCAACGCCACAAUGUCAUCUCGCGAAUCACGCGAACAGCGGCACGGCAGAGGCUCACACUACGAGUUUGACUCCCGGCUUCAAUUUCACAACCUGGAGGGCCUGCAGGAUGCCUACAGACAGCUCUGGGACGAGAAUCAGAAACUCAAGGACAGCUGCGUCCGAUACGAAGCCGAGCUGGCAAACAAAAGGGCCCCAACUCCUGAGUCGGACAGCAUUCGCAAACACCGCAACACCAAUCUCCAAUUGAAGGAGGAGGUCAACCAGCUCAUCAAGGAUAAAAAGGGGCUUGCCAAGGAGCUUGAAAUUCUCCGCAAAGACAACGCUAGUCUGGUCGAGACAAUAAAACAACGUGAGGCCAAACUUAAAACGACUGAGGAAGACCUCACGGCAGCCGAGACCAGAAGCAUCCGCUACAAAGAAGAGAGGAACGCAGCACUGACUGCAAUCGAUGGAAAAAUCCGAAGCGGCUCAUCCGGCUCCUCUAGCGAUCGCAAAAAGGAAAAGGAGAGGGCAAAAGAGGAGAAGGCACGCCUUGGCCAACGAUUUGAGGUCAGCAAACCCCUUGAGCACAGCCUGCCGACACGUACAAGGCGAAUGAGCCGCGUCGAAAGGGAGGCCCCGUACAUUGAGGAUGAUAUGCUGCCUCGCGCGGGGAACUACUCGACAACUGCAACAGCAGGGGUCUCGAGAAUGGCCCCUGCUGGCACGCUCUACCAAGCCCCUCGAUCUCAUGCCAUGGAAGCCGCAGCAGACAACCGGAAUGGCCGGCAUAUGGACGACGGGAUGUACAACCCUAUCCCGAUUCCUCGGCAGAAGAAGUAAUUAUCGCAACAGACUAUUACGUUGAGAGGAUCAAGAUCAACUCUACCCGAUCAGGAGAGACGAUGGUUGGAUUGGAAGCUACAGAAACCAGGCUGUAACAAGAAAAGCAACAAAGACGGGAUCUCAGGGGGGCUCUUUGCAACUUUUCCAUUUGCUCAUGUUUUAACGAUACCCAUGUGUUAUUCUCUAUCACAUUGAAUUCUUCUAUAUACCCAUCAACAUUAUCACUGUACCCCUACCAAAGCGCCCAAAAGUUCACCUAGGGAAAAAAAUACGAAAAAAGCGAUACAUACAAGACGAACCUGAUUUCCGACUACACGGCAGCCUGCUCAAACACUGAGCAGCCAAGCCAAGACCAUUAUGCAGACAUUGACAGGCAGCAGUCACAUUUUGCAUUCCUGGUAGCCUGAGUCGUUUUACUCGUGACUACCGGUAUUGCGGUAGUACCUCGAGUGUGGUGUGGGAGUCACACAAGGAGAGAGAGAGAGAGAGAGAGAGGGUGUGUGUGUGGGGUAGCGCAACGCCUACCAGACAUGAACCGGGCUCAUCAACCACUGUUCCGACCCUUCGCUCCACACGACCCUUGUGCAGCCAGCCGUCUUGCCUGCCGCCCGUUGUUCCGUUGACUCAUUAGAGGCUGAGGACAGAAGAUCUUUGCAGGUUGAUGGCUUUACCCGUACCUACCAGCCUAAUGCCGAUUUGACUUUCUUUCUUUUCCUUUUGCUUUCUUUUCUUUCUUUUUCCUCUUAUUGUUGUUCAUGUCUCCUUUCCUUGUCGGGGCUCGAGUCACGCUUGACAAUUGUUGCUUUCAACGUGUACUAUAAUCUCGAGGGCUUCUUCUGAAGAUUGUUGAAUGAUUUUGGUUUAUUGAUAUGUCAGAGUACUAUACCGUGUCCUUGGACUUAUCUUUUUGUUGCCUAUACAAUUUUAACCAGAUGCAUGGUCCACAUGUCUUUGACUUAUAUGCUUGGAAUGCGACACGCCCUUUCCACUUGAAUGCAACGACUGAGCGGACGUAUUUGUGCCAUUUCCAAAGGUUUUAAA